UGUAUUGGCGGUUCAAUUGAUAAUACAAUACACUGUUUAUAAUCAAAUGUAUUAUUAGUUUAGUUAUACURUAGUUAUAGACUGUUAUAAUAACAACACAAACACAUUGUUUUGGACAUAAAAAUUAAUUAAAUUUGGGAUCAAUUUCUUUUGGGUGAUCAUCAUCAGCAGCAUCGGUGGUAAAACACAUACCGAUAGACACACACACACACUGUCUGUUUAAACAGUGGACAAMCAAUCCGUUUCGAGAUGUCGGACACGGACGACACAGACAUGGAAGUGAUGGCCGCAAAGCCGACGGCAGCGGCGACAGUACCGCUAAAGGACAAGACAAACAAGCGGUURAGUGUYGAACGUAUYUACCAGAAGAAGAGCCAAUUGGAGCACAUCCUACUCAGACCAGACACUUAUAUCGGUUCCGUCGAAAAGGAGACAAAGCAAAUGUGGAUCUACGAUGAAGAACAAAAYGGUAUGCAAUUAAGRGAUAUAUCCUAUGUUCCCGGUUUGUACAAGAUUUUCGAUGAAGUACUGGUCAAUGCGGCCGAUAAUAAACAACGRGAUAAGUCGAUGAACUGUAUUCGGGUUGAUAUUGAUUCCGAAAGAAAUCAGAUAACAAUCUAUAAUAAUGGCAAAGGAAUACCGAUUGUCGAACAUAAGGACGAAAAAAUGUUUGUACCGACACUAAUAUUCGGCCAUUUGUUGACCUCAUCCAACUACGAUGACAAAGAAAAAAAAGUGGUCGGCGGCCGUAACGGCUACGGUGCCAAACUGUGCAACAUUUUCAGUCAACGAUUCAAAGUGGAAACCAGUUGUAAGGAAUAUCGUAAACAAUUUGUACAGAUCUGGACGGAUAAUAUGAAAACGGCUACCGAACCAAAGAUUACGGCCUCUACGGGUGAAGACUAUACACGCGUAACAUUCACACCGGAUCUCCAAAAGUUUGGUAUGCAAUCGCUGGAUAAAGAUAUUGUCGGCUUGUUUUCCCGUCGGGCUUACGAUGUGGCCGGCAGUAGUAAAGGUGUUAAAGUCUAUCUGAAUGGUAAACGUUUGCCGGUAAUGGGUUUCAAGGAUUAUGUCGACCAGUUUGUCAAAGACAAAGAAGAUGAAUCGGGUCAGCCGUUGAGGACAGCCUACGAACAGGUUAGCGAUCGUUGGGAGAUUGCCUGUACGGUCAGCGACAAAGGUUUCCAACAGAAUUCGUUUGUCAAUUCGAUAGCCACUACUCGAGGCGGUAAACAUGUGGACUAUAUUGCCGACCAAAUAGUCGCCAAAAUGACCGAUAUUAUCAAAAAGAAGAACAAAGCCGGCGUUAAUGUCAAACCAUUUCAACUGAAAAAUCAUUUAUGGAUUUUCGUCAACUGUCUGAUCGAAAAUCCGACAUUUGAUUCCCAGACGAAAGAGACGAUGACAUUGCAAGCGAAAAGUUUCGGUUCAAAAUGUCAGCCGUCGGACAAGUUUUUCGCGGCGGCCAACAAAACGGGUAUUGUCGAAUCGGUAAUGCAAUGGGUACAGUUCAAGGCCCAGACGGAACUGUCGAAACAGUGUAACUCAAAGAAACAAUCGAAAUUGAAAGGCAUUCCCAAACUGGAAGAUGCCAACGAUGCCGGUACCCGACACUCGAUCGACUGUACACUAAUACUAACCGAAGGUGAUUCGGCUAAAUCGUUGGUCAUUGCCGGCCUCGGUGUUAUCGGUCGCGAUAAAUACGGUGUAUUCCCGCUCAGGGGUAAAAUGUUGAACGUUCGCGAAGCUACACACAAACAGAUACUGGAAAAUGCCGAAAUCAAUAACUUGAUUAAGAUUCUGGGUCUACAAUAUAAGAAACAAUACACUACUCAGGAGGACCUGAAAACUCUACGCUACGGUAAACUGAUGAUAAUGACCGAUCAGGAUCAGGAUGGGUCGCAUAUCAAGGGUUUACUCAUAAAUUUCAUUCAUCAUAAUUGGCCGAAAUUAUUGGAAUUGAAUUUUCUGGAAGAAUUUAUUACACCGAUUGUCAAAGUAUCCAAAGGUUCGAAUUCAUCCACAGCUCGAUCUUUCUAUUCGUUACCCGAAUUUGAAGAAUGGAAGUCCAAUACUGCGAACUGGAAUACAUGGAAAAUCAAAUACUACAAAGGUUUGGGUACUUCGACGGCCAACGAAGCCAAAGAGUACUUUUCGGAUAUGAUUCGUCAUCGAAUCAGAUUCAAGUAUUCGGGUGCCGACGAUGAUCUGGCCGUCAAAUUGGCGUUUAGCAAGAAAUUGGUCGAACAACGUAAGGAUUGGCUGACAAACAGUAUGGAAGAUAGGAAACGCAGGCGUGAAUUGGGUUUACCCGAUGUCUACUUGUAUGAGUCGAAUACCCGAUCGGUUUCCUACAAAGAUUUUGUCAACAAAGAACUGAUUUUGUUCAGCAAUAUGGAUAACGAACGAUCAAUACCGUCGCUGAUGGACGGCCUAAAACCUGGCCAACGUAAAGUACUGUUCACUUGUUUCAAACGUAACGACAAACGUGAGGUCAAAGUGGCCCAACUGGCCGGCAGUGUUGGCGAACAUUCGGCCUAUCAUCACGGCGAGGCGUCGCUGAUGUCCACGAUUAUCGGUUUGGCCCAGAACUAYGUGGGCAGCAAYAAUAUCAAUCURYUGCAACCGCUCGGCCAGUUCGGUACCCGAUUGCAGGGCGGCAAAGAUGCGGCCAGUCCYCGWUACAUAUUUACAAUGCUGAGUWCGCUUAGCCGUAAAAUAUUCCCGGCAAUGGACGACCCGCUAUUGAAUACACUGAUGGACGAUAACCUGAGAAUUGAACCCGAAUACUAUGCACCCAUAUUGCCAAUGGUUUUGGUUAACGGUGCCGAAGGUAUCGGUACCGGUUGGUCAACAAAAAUACCCAAUUAUAAUCCCCGGGAAAUUGUCCAAAACUUGCGUCGAAUGAUUCGYGGCGAACGACCCGAACCGAUGCAACCGUGGUUUAAAGGUUUUCGCGGUUCAAUACUACAGAUUGAUCCGCAAAAGUAUGUCAUAAACGGCGAAAUCGGUCUGUUAUCGGAUAAGUCGUUCGAAAUAACCGAACUACCCGUACGGACAUGGACUCAGGCGUACAAAGAGUCCACAUUGGAAGUACUAUUGCACGGAACCGAUAAGCAGCCGUCGUUYAUMCAGGAAUACAAAGAAUAUCAUACAGAGUCGACCAUCCGUUUUGUGGUAACACUGAGCGAACAAAAUCUACAGAAAUCCUUAGCUUCAGGUAUUCAUAAGAUAUUCAAAAUACAGUCAUCGAUGUCGACGACAUCGAUGGUAUUGUUCGAUCAUAACGGCUGUUUGAAACGAUACGAAACACCCGAAAUGAUUAUCGAAGACUACUUUCCCGUCCGAUUGGAUUACUAUCGCAAACGUAAAGCCUAUUACGAGGGCAAACUCGAGGCCGAGGCCCGUAARCUGGAAAAUAUGGCCCGUUUUAUACUCGAGAAAAAUGACGGCCAAAUAAAAUUGGAAAAUAUUAAGAAAAAAGAUUUYGUYCGCCAGUUGAUUGACCGAAAGUACGAUUCGGAUCCAGUAAAAGAUUGGGAACAAAAACACAARGAUUCGAUCGGCGAUAAUACUACCGAAGAGGCCGAAGAAGCAGAAGAAGAAGUGGUCAUUGAUGGUGAAGAAGACGAAGCAACUACUGCUGCGGGUGGUAGUGAUGGCCAGAAAAACUAUAACUAUUUGUUUGAUAUGCGUAUGAGUUCGAUGUUAAGAGAGAAUGUCGACCGACUGCUGAAGGAAAGAGAUGCCAAAAAACAAGAACUCGAAGAACUGAAACGUAUGACACCUGAAGGUCUGUGGGAACGAGAUUUGGAUGAAUUCGUUGCCGAACUGGAUCGWGUCGAAGAUGGCGAACGAUUGGCAUCGGUUAAGGCCCUACAGAGUAAAUCAUCGAAAACAACUGGUGGCAAAUCGGGAUCAGUUAAGAAUUGGCUAAARCCUGGUGCUGGCGGUGGUAAGUCAUCGGCCACUAGACUGAGUAUUGAAGCCAAACCRUCGGAUUUUGCCGAACGUGUCGAACCGAAAGUCGAUAUCGAUAGCUAUAAGAAAACGGAAAAAGUGGCCAAAAAGCGAACAACAAAGUCGGCGGCGGCAAACAAUGAUGAAAAAGGUAGCGGCGAUGUCGAGGUUGUCGGUGACAGUGAUGACGACGAUCUAAUGGAUAAGGCAUUGUCCGAACGUAUUGGCGGCGGUAUUAAGCCRUCGGCGAAAGUAGCGAAGAAAAAGUCGGCAAAGACUGAUGAGACUAUCAAAGAGAAGAAGGAGAAGAAGACAGCGACCGCUAAGACGGCGACAACAAAGCCGACUAAGAAGACUGCUGCUGGCGGUGGAGAAGACAAGAAGAAGACCAAAAAGAAGAGUCCGUGGUCUGACUCGGACAGCGAUGACGACGGCGACGACGAACCAGACUAUCUAAGCGACGAUGAGACUGAUGAAGACGAUUACAUAACUACUACCACUAAGACUACUACUACUAGCGCUCGCAUUGUUUCUACCAAACCAAAGACCAUUGACGAAGUGGAAGAACCGAUUAGUGAUGAUUUGGUUUCGUUUAACGAAACAACAACAACAACGACGACAACCAAUGAUUACCYGACGAUAAAGACAUCAGACACUGAAGAGUUGUUGUCGGGAAAGACUGAKACAAACAAUCUGAAUAAGAAGAACAAGAAGACGACGAGUGCUUUCAGUGAUGAUUCGGAUAAGGAUUCAGAUGACACUGACUUUCAACCCGACGAUGAAGAAGAUUUCGAGCCAAAGAAGAAGAAGAUGGCGACGACUAAACCGUCGACCAAAGCCGUGGCUAAAAAACAGAAAACUAACGAUAAACCACCGAAACCUACUUCAUCUAAGACGACAAAAGCUGUCACCGCAAAGCCUAAACAGACUGGAAAAGUGGUGACAAAACCUAAGAAGAUUUUGAUGAGGAUGUCAUCGGAUUCUUCGGAUGAAACCGACGAUGAAAAGCCAAUGAAGAAAAAGUCUAAGAAAUCCGCGGAACUGGUAGAUGACGAUAGUAUUGUUGAGCUUAUGGACGACGACUUACCGMCGCCGCCGCCCAGAGAAAAGUCGGGUCGCGGAGCGGCCAGACAACGGGUCAAAUAUAAUUUCGAUGACUCCGAUGAUGACAGCGAUUAAGUGUGGGAUAAGCUAACGGGUAAUACUUAUCGGAUAAUUACUUAUCAGGUAAUUACUUAUCGGGUAAUUACUUAUCGGGUAAUUACUACUUAAAAUCAUCCGUUUUAUAGCGUCAUAUAUUACA